GCUGCUUCCUACAGGCCUCACCAAUUUCUCUACUAGCUGAAACAUUGAUGAAAUUGCAUGAACCCUGCUUAGAUAUAUACUUGGAGAAACUGACCACCGCAAAGGCAGCGUCUGCACCGGAUGAGCGGCCUCGAGAGAUUAUCCAGUGGCUUUCCAGGGUCAGCAGUCUUCAACCCAACAUUCAAUGCCGUCUGUGUCACUUGGCUGUUUUUUCAACCAAACGUCUCGCUCCACAGCAGCUUUGCCUGGUCGUGGUCGGCCUCUCUGCAAAUAAAAUUACUGAUGGUCCAGCAGGCAAGUUUGAUUAUGACUUGGUCAUGCAUGACUCAAUAGUUUCCACACGCUUGGACCUUAGAAUUCCACUCACUUUGGGAGUUUAUUGAUUGUUUUUGGAGUUGCUUUUAUUCAGUCCAAACAUUUAUAGGUCACCACCCUGGACUUGACAUUUGCUUUUGGAGCUGGUUGAGUGUUUGGAGUUAGAGCAUCCACAUAGAGAAGCCAAAUGGAGAAGCCAACCAAGACCAAGCAUAUGCCUUCGUCGUCUCCCUUUGCAGUAAUACUCCUCUACUUGAUGAUCAAGGUCAUGUCUCCAGGUUUUAAUUUUGCGUAUGCAACUGAUACUCUCCUUCCGGACCAAUUUCUAACUGGUAACCAGACCUUGCUUUCGAAAAAUGGUGCCUUCAAGUUGGGUUUCGACUGCCUGUUUCCUCCCUGUGGUUAUGAUUAUAGGUUUGGCAUAUGGUAUGUUAAGUCAUCAGCUUGUCGCCCUCUUCUAGUUUGGUCGCCCCUUGGUGAUUCCACAAAUUGUUACCCUGAGUACUCGAGCUUUGGCCUCUUAUUCUAUGGCAACUUAGAACUAUACUGUAAUCUAGUUAACGGUGAAAUAAUUCCUGGAUGGUUUUCACCAGGCAUUUCAAAUAGUAGUUCUCUACACACAGUGCUUCUUGACAAUGGAAAUCUCGUAAUAAGAGAUUCAAUGAACAGUUCACCGGUGAUCUGGCAAAGCUUUGAUAAUCCAGUUGGCACACUGCUGCCUGGAGGAUGGCUGGGAUUUAAUAGAAACACGAGCAAGCACAUCUUCCUUAUUCCCUAUGGUCCUUCUAUAUACCGGAAUUACCACAAUGGUGUACUAAUGAAUGGUUUAAUUCUGGCUAUGAAUGCAAACCAAAAUAGAGGGUUUAUUGUCGAACAGAAUCAUUCUAGGAUUGAUCUCUAAUAUGCUUUCAAUAAGGAAGAUUAUCAUGAAAUUUAUCACGGCACUUUCCCCAGCUGGAUGGGGAUACAUGAAGAUGGAGGCAAUUUCUUCCUGUUCAGUGAUGCAAGUGUAUAUGUACAGCUGAAUAAAGAUGGUACUAUCACUGCAGCUAAACUUGGGGAAUGUGGAUCUGUGUUGUGGUCUGCUCAUGCUCCACAUAAUCAUAAGAUUCAUAGUGUUGUUAUCCUGACAGUGAUAGUUGUGUUAACCCUCCUCCUCACUGCUCUAGUUCUUUUGUGGAUAAUUCAGAAGAAGUCGGUUAUGGAUAGACCGGGGAAUUCGAACAGAAGCCUCACGAUCUUCUCGAACGCACAAAUAAAGAAGGCUACCAGAAAUUUCUCGGUAAAGCUUGGAGAAGGAGGCUUUGGCUGUGUUUUCAAGGGAACAUUGCAAGGCUCCACUUUGGUGGCUGUCAAGAAGCAAAAAGACUUUGGACAAGGGGAGAAGCAAUUCCGAGCGGAAGUGCAGACGAUUGGAAUGAUCCAACACAUCAAUGUUGUUCGUUUAUUUGGAUUUUGCGCCGAAGGAAGUAAAAGGCUGCUGGUGUAUGAGUACAUGGAGAAUGGAUCUUUGAGUUCUCAUCUGUUUUCGAAAAGCCCGGCAACUUUGGUCUGGGAGCUCCGGUACCGCAUAGGACUUGGAACUGCAAGAGGCUUGGCUUACCUGCAUGAGGGAUGCACGGAUUGCAUCAUACACUGCGGCAUGAAGCCGGACAAUGUACUCCUUGACGCAGAUUUCUGUCCCAAGGUUGCAGACUUCGGCAUGGCCAAACUUCUUGGCCGGGAUUUUAGCAGGGCAUUGACAACGAUGCGUGGGACCAUCGGAUACCUUGCGCCGGAGUGGAUCUCAGGGCUACCGAUCACACAUAAGGCUGAUGUCUACAGCUACGGAAUGAUGCUACUUGAAAUCGUAUCAGGGCGAAGGAAUGCGGAGAAAAUCAAACAGGGGAGGUUUACUUACUUUCCCAUCUUUGCUGCAGUGAAGGUGAAUGAAGGAGAUGUUAUGUGCCUGCUGGAUAGCAGGUUGGAAGACGAUGUGGAUGUGGAUGUGGAGCAGCUGAUGAGGGUUUGCAGAACUGCAUGCUGGUGCAUUCAAGAUGCUGAAGAUCAUAGGCCGAUGAUGGGGCAAGUUGUUCAGAUGCUACAAGGCGUUCUGGAUGUCCAGCUUGGAAGCAGGUGGACAUUGAAAAGGAUGGAGAUCACAAGAUCACAGCACAAAAAUAAUCACGCAAAGCAAACAAGGAUGAUCAUGAUGCAUGACACAACAAAAUGACAAGAGGCAACAUCCACAAUAUAUAUUGCAUGCAACAAGGCAAGUCU